ACCCCCACGUCGACCCUCCACAGCCCGUCUUAGGCCCACGACACGAUGCUGUCGCUCAAGACCAAGACGCUCUCGCUCCCGCACCUCUCCCUCUCGCGCAACUCGUCCCCCUCGCGCUCGCACCCUUCCACCCCGUCGACCGCACCCGUCUCGCCCGUCCUCGUCGACCGUUCCACCUCGACCUCGCCCAAGCACUACGCCGCCGACUCGCAGCACGCCGAGCCCGCGCCUGCGCCCGCGCCGGCUCAGCAAAAGCCGUCGCGCCGCAGCUCGAUUGGCGCCUCCCUCUCGGCCCUCACCUCGCGCUCGUCGUCGCCCGCCGCCGGCGCACCCGCACCCGCACCCUCCACCGCCCCGCUCAAGUCGCCCUCGCUCCCCUCGAACCUCGCCCUAACGCCCGCCGCCGCACCCGCGUCCGCGUCCGCACCCGGCUCGCCCGGCGGCGCGCGCCCGCACCGCUCGUCGUCGGACGACAAGUCGGCCCUGCGCCCGCAACGCUCGGGCCGCUCGACCUCGACCGCGACGUCGUCGUCCAAGAAGCAGCGCAGCAAGUCGUCGGACCGCGUCGUCGAGGUCGCGCAGCUCGCCGCGGCGUCGUCCGCCUCGUCGAUGGGCCCGCCCGCGCCGGCUCCUGCCGCUGCCGCUGCGGCCAAGGCCAAGAAGCCCGGCCUCAUGGCGUCGUUCGGUCGCGGGCGCGGGCUCGCGCUCGGCAGCUCGCAGAGCCAGCCGGGCACGUCGCGCGCGACGGCCACGGCCGUGCGCGCCAUCUCGCUCGGUCCUGACGUCGCUCUCGGCGGCGGCGGCGGCGCGUUUGGCGGCGCACAGCCGUCUCGCAGCCCCGUACUCGGCGCGACGCCGCUCGCGCACUCGGGCGCCGCGACGCCCGUCACCGCGCUCGGCGGCGCGCACGGCCACGCGCACGCGCUCGGCCAGCACGCCAACGUGUCGGCCAAGGGCCAGAACGUUCAGCUGCACCAGCUCGCCGAGUCGUACGUCGGCAAGGUCGGCCUGCGCCUCGGCGAGGCCGUCAACAAGGUGUUCCUCCCCGUCCCGACGGGCCCGGGCGGCAUCGUCGACAAGGCGGCCGACAAGGCCGAGGGCCCGUUUGGUGGGCACGCCGUCGUGUGCAAGGGCAGGGCGGCGCCGAGACUCGCACGGGCAAAAGAGGUGGGCGAGCUCAUCACGGCCGAGCUGCAGGCCGCGUCGCACGACACGUACCUCCUGCGCACGCUCUUGCGCUCGUCGGUCCUCAAGGCCCUGUCGCUCUUCCUCACCCGCCUGUCGGCCCUCCUCCUCGUCGCCUCGCCGACCGACCCGGCGCUCGCCCCCGCGCUGUUCGCCGCCCCUCGCACCGUCAAGGACGCCGACUCGCUCUCGAUCCCGCUCCGGUUCAACCUCCAGAUCGUGCGCUGCGCCUACGAGGUCAAGCACGCGCUCCGCCUCGUCGCCGAGCCCGGCGCCGGGUUCCCGCACUUUGUCGACGAGACGCUCAAGCCCUGGCGCGUCAAGCUCGCCGAGCUCAUCAACCGCGUCAUGGGCCCGUUCGUCCAGAGUGCUAGACUCGCAGUCGCCGACGUGUGCGCCCGUGCGCGCACCGAGGGCGCCGUCGGGUCGUCGGGCGAGCUGCCUGCCGCCGCAGCUGCGGCCGCCGCCGCCGCCGCGUCGUCGUCGCUCGGCCUGCACGGCGUCGCGCACCCGGUCCCGCCGCCGCUCAAGACGAGCGCGACGUCGCAGCUGCGCUCGCUGUCGCUCGGCCGCACGGCGCCGCAGCACCUUGCCGUCCCGACGCCCGUGACGGGCAGCAGCGGCGUCCUGUCGUCGUCGGCUGCGGCGGCGGCCGCCGCAGCUGCGACCGCCGGUCCGCCCUGGCUCAGGGACCUGUCGGCACAGCUCGACGCCGUCGUGCGCGUCGUGACGCGGCUCGAGGGCGGCAGCGACGCCGACAAGUGGGUCGUCAGCGUCGCAACGGCCGCGAGCUGGAAGGGCAUGCUCCACCUGUCGGCGCGCGCGAUCGGCAUGGUCGGCGGGUCGGCGGCGGCGGCGAGCGCGGGCGCAGAUGCGCUCGAGAAGGGCCAGGGCGCACCGGGCGCGGGCGAGAAGGCGGCGACCACGGCGGCGACGCAGCUGCCGGUACGCCGGGGCUUGCUCGGCGGCGUCGGGAUCAAGAAGACGCCGUCGCCGCCGCAGAGCCCGCCGUUGCCUGCCGUCGAGCUCGGCGGGCCGCGAGCCUCGGGCGCCGCCGGUUCGUCCGCCGCAGCAGCCCGUGCACCCUCGGCCGCCGACAUCGCCUUUGUUCGGCUCCUGUCGGACCUCGAGCUCCUCGAGGCGCGCCUCAAGGCGUUCCUCGUCGCAGGACUGUCGACCCCAGCGACCGUCCUCGCACCCUCGACCACCGCCGCCGCCGCGCCGUCGGCCUGCCCGGCGGCGAGCCGCGGCACCGGCUGCGGCCUGUGCCGCACCGGCCGCACGUUCGACGACGAGUCGAGCGACUCGAGCAGCGACGACGACGACGGCGACCGAGACGGCGGCGCGCGCCGGCCCGACCCGAGCAGGGAGAGCCGGCUCGCGCUCAGCGCCAUGCGCGAGGCGAUGCAGGCCCUGUCGGCCAUGGUCGUCGUCGUGCGCGCGAGCAAGGACCUCGGCGUGCUGUGCCGCGCCAUCGAGGGCCCGCGCCACAUGGCUGGUGCCGGCCCCGCCGCCGCCGCCUCGAGCGACGCGCAGGCGCCGCUCACGCCCUCGGCGCUCUUUGCGCUGCAGUCUGCGCCGUCUGCGCCGACGGCCGCCCCGAGCCCGAGUGUCGGCAACGGCCCCGCCGCGCCGCUGUCGCCCCAGUGCCCGACGCUCCUCAGCGCCCUCGUCACCCUCCCGCCCAUCAUCCUCCUGCACCUCAUCGCCGCGCGCCUCUCGCCCUCGCCCUCGACCUCGUCGUCGGCCCUGCGCCUCCCGCACGAGCUGUGGGCCCUGCGCGGCGGGUGGGACGAGUACGCCUCUGAGCUGCGCGGCUUUGCCGCCGCCGAGGAGUGGGAGCUCGAGGUCGCGGCCGAGUUUGCCGCCGAGGCCGAGCGUGUCCUCGCUCUGCGCGACGAGCAGGACAAGGAGCGCGGUGGGGCGACGCGGGGCGGUGACGACGAGCGCGAGAGGGAGGCGCUCGAGGCGCUGAGGGCGGCGGCGAGGCGCACGGCGGGCGCACCCCAGGGCGCUUGACUCGCCGAGUGCGAGCUGUCGUGCGCAGCCACGGACUGUCUCUCUCUCUCUUUCUCCUCACCUUGCCUUUCUUCCCCGCGACAUCUCGUCCUCGCCCUCGACCUCUUCCUCUAGACCUCUCUCCCUCCCUCCUCUCGUCGAUACCCCCUUCUUUCCGGACCCCGACACGCUCAAAGACAGAUAGACCUGCAUUCUCAUUGCGUCUGUGUACUGCU